UGGCUUCAUAAAUAAUAUCACAGUAACUCAGUAGCCCACAUCGUAUCGCAUUCGGUAGAUCUUCACGGAUAUUUCUACAGGAUUAUGAGUUCUCCUAAUGUCAGACGUCCACAGAUUGAGCAUUCGAGCCACCAAAGUACAACUACGCCAUCCAGAGUUACUGAAAUCGCAAUACAGGCCGACCGUGAUGCUGAGAACGAGGAAGCCGAAAAGGCAGCGGUGCAAGAGCUCGAUUUUGAUGAACCUUUUCUGUUCAGUGAUGCCAUCUUGAUCGUCGAAGGUCGGCAAAUUCAUUGCCAUCGAGCAAUCUUGUCCAUAUAUUCUCCAGUCUUCAAGGCCAUGUUUCGGAACAGAUGCCUCGAAACACAGAAGAACGAGGUCGUCAUUUCAAAUACAUCGUACGCGGAUGUGAAAGAGGUACUUUUGCACAUGUAUACACCUGGGGGACGCGACAUGUCUGUUGAAUCCGCCGAGAAGUUGCUUCCAAUCUUGCACCGCUAUCAGAUAGACUCCAUGGUCAGCUUGGCUGAAAGAACAUUGGCCUUUCGGUUGACAGACAGCACGGCUCCCACAUGCUUGCAGCUCGCUGACAUCUAUGGUCUCACUCGACUCAGACAAGCUGCCCUCGAAUCCUGUGCUCGCCUCGAUUCCGAACGACUCAGUCGGGUAUUCCAACAGGUAUCACUGAGUGCGGAACUACGCAACGAAAUUCUCGAGCGGCGAGUCAACGUGUUGGAGAAGUGUCUGAUAGACAUACAGAAUAGCUUCACUCACUCAUGCACUCGUGUCGAGAGUCGGAUGGAACGUGUGGCAUCAAACCACUGUCCUGAGCACAGCAGACCAAUGGCUCCGGUCAACAUCGUUCCCUUCCAAUUGAGUACGCGGGGUUCCCCACCUAACCAAGGCUCCGCAGAUGGCCAGUCUCCAGGUGCUUCCGAGGCCCCCGGAGGACAACCAUCGAGUGCGCAACACCGUAUGGAUGUUGCGGCCAGUAUCCUACCCGCAGCUGCAGCCCUGGGUAAUGUAACUAUGCGACCAGUCAAUGAUGGACAACAGCCAUUGAGUUCCAGCCAAUCAAAUUUAGCCAACGUCACACCCACCAUAUCUGGUCAGACCACAGCCGUGUGUGAAAAGUGCGUGGAUCAGCUGAAAAAUCACGUGAUCGAGCUCUGCAAACGUGGACUGCACAAGAUACCAAUCAUUAUGUUGAAGAAUUCCUGAUCGGUAUCAGCCCUCCCAACACCCUCAUCACCCAAGUUCUCGAACUAGUGACCAGUGAUGACUGAAUAUAUAUCAUAAGAGACAUGUGUUGGAACGAGAUUUACUCAUGACAUUUCCAGUUUUACCUGCUCUGUCCUGCCAUCAACCUUUGUACUUGAAAGCGGUCGUUUAUGAGGUCCUGUAUGGGACUAAGCAUGAACAAUAGAAUUCACAAUGCAGAACUACCACCGCAGCUUAAAUACACUAUUAUAUUUC